AUGUCAACACAAUUUUCCGCACAGGAGGCGCCAGAUGAAGAUGAAGUAAGAGAAAAUAUUGAUAUGGACGAACUAGUUCCAGUUAGAAUAGAUACAAUUGCAGCCGAUGACGAUAGCAAGCGUUCAAAUGGUGUAGAAAAAAGACUUACUGAACUAUCAGCAAAGUGUGAACAAUUAGCUGGUGACAAAAACUUCAACAAUCCAACAUCCGUAUUGGAUACUCUCAAAAUUAUCAUGUUAGAGUUAAUUGACCUGAUAGGCGACGAUGAUUUUUAUUCAAAUGAUAACAGUCGUAAAUAUUUUAUCGAUUGUUUAAAUCCUCUUACGGUUGUUUGCGAUCGAAUUUAUGCUUUGCGCACAAGCGAUGCAGAUUUUGCAUACAAAACGUUUUAUACGUUUAUCAAUCUACUCGAAUCACCCAAUAUUAUGAUAUAUUUUAAAAACCAGAUUCUCUCAUCACGAGCAUAUAUCUACACAACAUUAGUAAAUUUGUUAUUAAUUAUCGGCUCACAAACAUGCAGUUAUGCAGUAUUUCCCGUUAAUAGUCUUGAGUGGGUAUCGAUACACACAUCCUCUUCUGUUCUCCGUCUAGCAACCAUUGCCUAUUCGAAGAGAUCUGAUGUUAUAGAGAGGUGUUUUGAGGUGAACACUAAUUUGCGCUUACAGAGUGAUGUAAUGUAG